GGGAGCGGACGUAACGGAGAAACAGCAGACGCAAGAGCAGAGAGGGAGGAGAAACGACGAGGAUAUACGUAACCGGGAUCUCAGCUGUAUUAGCGGAAGACGGGAUCCGGGCUUCCAGUGACAACCGAAACAGCAAUAUGGGGAACUAGUCCGGCGAAGAGCGAAUCAAACAUGGAUUAAACAUACGCCUUUUCUCAACCGACUGCACGCGCGCCGCCAUUCAUUCAAAAUAUCGAGUAGUUGCAUUGAUUUUGUGUCACGCAGAGCUUAUCGUACUUAAUACAGCACCAGGAUUGCUAAGGUAGCCCCUUUAACCAACAGGGCAGAGCAUCUGCUCUUUUAAAUCGGCGUGUAGACACGGUACUGUGAUACAUGCGAUAUAGCGCGUAUGCGAAUAUUGGAUUUAGUGCUUGCUCAAGAGUUUCUUUGGUUGGCUUCGAGGCACCAGCAAUGCUCUCUGAAAUACUGGGUUCCUGAUGCUCAGUUUGAACUGACCUGUAGUCUUCUGACGUCAAAAGAAAGUGAGAGGAUUUUCUGCACACACAAGACUAAAGACCUUUGGCUUUUGAGCAAAAGGUAUCAUGUCUUCCAGGGAGCGACGCUCUGACCUGUACAUAAAGGCCGAACCCAGCAGUCCUGAAGGAGGAGGCGGCGGUGGCGGCGGCGGCAGGACCAGCCCGGGAGGAGCGUCCUCAGACUCCUCUCAGAGCGGAGGAGGGGGGUCCAGAGGAGAAGGCGCUGGCCGCUACUCCCGGCCCCCUUACACGCCUGCGUUACGUUGCCAUUUUAAGGAGGAGGGUGCGGAUGGAGCUGAGGAGGGCUCUACUGGUAGCGGAGGAGGGCGCUGCAAGUAUGCGCUAAGCACGCUUCCCAAAAGGCUUUGCCUGGUGUGUGGAGAUGUGGCGUCUGGCUACCACUAUGGAGUGGCUUCCUGUGAAGCCUGUAAGGCUUUCUUCAAAAGAACCAUACAGGGUAAUAUUGAGUACAGUUGUCCUGCCUCCAAUGAAUGUGAGAUCACCAAGCGCCGCAGGAAGGCCUGUCAAGCGUGUCGCUUCACCAAGUGCCUCAAAGUAGGCAUGCUCAAAGAAGGUGUGCGCCUGGACCGAGUCAGAGGUGGACGGCAGAAAUAUAAAAGACGCCCGGAGGUGGAGAAUGCUACGUACCAGAGUGCGCCGAUACCUUUAAGGAAGGAGGGAGAGAAGGGCUCAUCCAGCAUCAUUGUGUCUCAUCUGCUGGUGGCGGAGCCAGAAAAGCUGUUUGCUAUGCCAGACCCCCUGCAGCCUGACACAGCCCAGCGCACCCUCACCACUCUCUGUGACCUGGCCGACCGGGAACUGGUUGUCAUCAUCGGCUGGGCCAAGCACAUUCCUGGCUUUCUGUCUCUGUCACUGGCUGACCAGAUGUCUGUGCUGCAGUCGGUGUGGCUGGAGGUGUUGGUGUUGGGGGUGGCGUACCGUUCUCUCGGCUGUGAAGAUGAGGUGGUGUUCGCAGAGGACUUCGUGCUGGAUGAGGAGAUGUCUCGCGUGGCCGGUCUGACCGAACUCAACGCCGCCAUCAGCCAGCUCGCUCGGCGUUUCAGAGCCCUGCAGCUGGACCGCGAGGAGUUCGUCAUGCUCAAGGCCAUCGCGCUCACCAACUCAGACUCUGUGUAUAUUGAGGACAUGGAGGCCGUGCAGAAGUUACGGGACCUGCUGCAUCAGGCUCUGCUAGAGCUGGAGGUCCAGCGACGCCCCGACGACCCUCAGCGCGCGGGACGUCUUCUCCUCACCCUGCCCCUCCUCAGGCAGACCGCCGGCCGGGCCCUUACCACCUUCUACAGCAUCAAAACCCGUGGCGGGGUGCCUAUGCACAAACUCUUCCUGGAGAUGCUGGAGGCCAUGAUGGACUCACCCUAGAGAAGAGGCGAAUACGGAUAAAGGAUGAAGAAAACGGCCAAAUGGUUGGCCCGGAGUCUUUUUUUGUGUGCGCAAGGGCUACAGAAGCCAAAAGAAAACACUUUUUGGGGUUGAAAAUGAAGAAGACGCUUUGUGUAGCUGUCCGCCGGUACUGAUCUUUUCACAUCCAAUGCUCCUCUUUCAUUUGAUUUCAAUGGGUACCACGUCAGUGCAGACUACAGUUAGAUAAACGUAAUAUUUAUGUCAGUGUUAGAGAAACCGUGUAAUUCAUUCUGUCGCUUCACGGCCAUCCUGAUAAGUGUUUCUAGGAGCUAACCAUUACUGUAAACUCAGAGAAGUUCACGUGCCAAGGGCGCCUACUGAGACUGCAGCAAUAUGAACUCUUCCCUGAAUCGCACGAUUCAGCGAUUAUCUCCUUCUUUAACAAUGGUAGGCCAUCUAAACGAACUCUUACUAUCACUACAGUUAUAACCAAGUAAGCUUUCUUUUUCCUCCUUAAACCGGUGCAAAAAGGCACUCGUGUAAAGUUAUUAACGUCUUUUAUAAUGCACUCGCCAUACUACAAGUGCUAUUUAACUUUGUCCCGCUAGCUUUUUGUGGAAUAUGCAACACGUAGGUGAGAAAACACAGCUCAAGACAGACUUAUUUCAGUUUGUGGUACUGCAAAUAUCAUAUUACGUAAAGCAAUAUGAAAGAUUUCAUAACUCGUUUUUAAAAACAAGAGGCUGCCAUGCCACGUUCUGCUUUGAAACUAAAUUUACUAGUGCUGUAGUCGCAUAGCAAAGUUUUUUUUUUUUUUUUUUGAUUGAUUGUAAUAAAUUUUAAUAAACCAUGCCGUCCUUUGUAUAUUAGCCAGUUGUUUAAAACAAGAAUUCGUCAUUUUGGGAUAUGGAUUAUGUGAAUGGUGGGAGGUCUGGGUACUAUAAAUGCUGAACUGAUCCAACAGUGCGUCUAAAUCAGGGUAAACGGGGAGCUUUUUCCUCCUGUAGGCCACUACUGUAGUUUGAUUUUUUUUUUUUUUUUUUUUUUUUUUUGCUGUAAUCGUUUUUUAAGACGGCGUGGGACCCUCUGAUAUCGUCAGAUGACACUGGCCCGCUUGUGAAUGAUUGGGAGUAACUGGUUUGGAAAGACUUUUUUUUUUUUUUUUUUUUUUAGUCAUUCAGAAGAAAGACCAUAUUCUGUAUCGUAAUCCUUCAUUUGCGCACGGACACAGCCGGAGAGCCUCUGACUGAGGUUCGUUCUGUGAUAUUCAAACUGAAAGCCUCUGUGGUGCAGAGCAACAUUUAAAUGCAAAUCGGAAAGCCUCGCGAUUCGCCUCGAGACUCUUCGUUUGUUUGUUUUAGGAUGCGUUUCGCGUGAUCUCCUCGUAGUCGUUCGUUUGCAGACGCUCGUCUGGUAUUAUAUGCAAUCAUACUCCGUUUAGAGUGCUACAACUCCUCUACCUUUUUAUUUAUUCUACACAUGUGAAAACAGGAGGAAGAAAAAGCCAGUUGCCAUUUUGGCCUCUUUACCGAUUUAAGUAGUAAAAAAUGAAAACCACUGUCGUACAGAGUCAGACCUCGGAGGUGACGCCACAUCUUCAGGGUGAUUUUCACUGUAUACUGUUCACAGCGAUGAUUGUACGAGCGCUCUUGAAAGGGGUUCGCUGCGGACACCCGCCACAGACGCAGAGAGAAAGAAUCUUCCAAGGUUGAAAUUUGUAAUAUUUUCAGCACAACAUUAGGUUUAAUCUAGGUCUGCUCAUUUUUUUUGUUUGUUUUUUUUUCUCUUCAUCCAGGAUACUCGGGGGAUGUGUUGUGAUUCAGGCCUUUCGGGUGAUCGUACGAGUUUCUGUUUUUAUUUUUAUGCUCAUGGCAUGAGUUUUGGUUUUCCGUAUAGGUUAUGAAGCUUGGCCUCAGGUUUGGUAUUGAAAUAAAGCAAUUAAUUUGGGAGAUUGUUAUGAAAUGUCUGUUUUGUAUUGAACUGUUUUUUAGAUUUAUCUUUUUGUGAUUAAAGUACUAACAUUAAGAUAUGAAAGCCAGUGGACAUUAUAUUCCUGUGUUCAUUUUCACUCAAUAUAGUAUUGCGGAUUUCGGGCACUAAUAUGUGCUUAUCACUGCAGAACUGUCUCUCUUUUUUUCUUGAAAUUCUGCCGGUUUGGCUGUUAAGGGAAUUUGGGGACGUUUCGAUUAAAUUUGGUUUAAUUUUUAGAUUCAACCUAUAUGCAUUCAUUCAAACUGAAGAUAUGUUUGUUUGUUUGUUUUUCUUUUAUACACAGGAAGUUAAUGUCUCUCCUAAAGGGUUAUUGGGAUGUCAUGGACUGUGUACAUAACCAUGAAUGAGUGGGUCCAUUCAAAGACAGCUGUAAAAUAUGUCAAUGUUUGUGUCAAUAAUAACUAAUAUAACAAUGAUAUUACAGUAGUGUUUUCAUAAUGGUAAGCAUUAUAUAAAACCAUUUUGUCUGUCGGACUUAGAUCAUAACAUAUGAUUGAGAGAUAAAUUAAAUUCAUGGCUAGGUGUUUUUUGUGUGUCUGUGUAUAUUUAUGUAAAUGAGCAAUACCAGAAUUUACCAAAAUGUUUGUUUUCACAUUUUUCUGUAUAUUGAUAUACUGUAAAUCAAACCUCAACAGUAACACUAGUGAUAACAGUCAAUAGUAAUAAUAAGAACUACAGUAAAGAACAAAUCAAUAUUUGUAUUCCAAAAUGUUGUAUUUAAAAGAUUAAAAUCUAUUUUUUACUCAAUUUGCGGAUGUUUAUUAAUAUUAUUGUUCUGGUAUUUGUGUGGGUUGAAGUCAAAUGAUUGUAAAUGUCUGUGGUUUUUUUUUUUUUUGCCUUUUUUUUUUUUCUCCUUUUCAUUUUUGUGAAGCUCAGUGGUUCUGCCAUUAGUAACUAUUUCAACACUCUGUUCAUAUUGAAUCACUGUGAAGAGAAAGCAAACACUAAAACACCACAGGAAAAAUAGAGGUAUUUUAAAAUAUUGUCAGUGUCAAUGUGUUUUGUAAUAAAUUAACACGCGUCAUCACUUGUCA